UUGGGCCGCUGAUUGCCGUUAGCGUCGAUCGUUCAGUGUCGGUAUUCGUCGUAUGCCCGCUCGAUCUGUGUACUGCAUUAAUUUGUCUACGUGCCUACCUUUUGAUAUAAUUCUCAUUAAUAUUUAAUAAUUUUAUCUGUCUAAUAACGAGUUAUUUAAAGGGUUUUCCGAAUUUUCAUUUUGAUAGUGCUAUUUAAAUUUGAACAUUUUUAUUUACUUUAGAUAAAUGUAGUAGAUAUCCCACACCUGUGCCAUGUCAAUAGUUGAUAACAAAUUGAUAAUAAGUGUUGGAACGUCAAAUUCUUUCUAUUAUUUAUUAUUUUUUUAAGUAGAAUAAAAUCGUUGAUUUAUAUUCAUUAUUAAGUGCAUAUUAUAGAAUCACUCCGAUAACCUUUCAACUUUUAGCUUUUUAAACUACAGGAUUUUUUAUUACAGGUAGUCUAAAAAAAAAAUGUCACAUCAUAGUGAUGAUAAUAUGUUAAUAGCGAGCAGUGAUUCAUUUUGGGAACCUGGUAACCACAAGCGUACUACAAAACGCAUUGAAGAUGGUUAUCGAUUAUGUAAUGACCUUAUUACUUUAAUACAAGAAAGGUCAGAUAUAGAAAAAGCAUAUGCGAAAAGUUUAAAAGGCUGGUCAAAAAAAUGGAAUGAAAUUAUUGAAAAGGGUCCAGAGUAUGGCACAACAGAAGCCGCUUGGAAAGGAGUACUAGUUGAAGCUGAUAGACUCUGUGAUUUACAUUUAAGAGUAAAAGAUGAUUUGUGUAAUGAUAUUAUGCAACAAGUCAAAACAUGGCAAAAAGAUAAUUAUCAUAAGACUGUACUGCAUAUAAAAGAACGGAAAGAAAUGGAAGAGUCUUUCAAAAAAGCUCAAAAACCUUGGUGCAAACUACUAACCAAAGUUAAUAAAACAAAAAAUGAUUAUCAUAUUGCUUGCAAAGCAGAAAAAUCUGCAUCCAAUCAAGAACGAAAUGCUUCUGCUGAUAGUUCUUUAUCUAUGGAUCAAGUUAAAAAAAUGCAAGAUCGUGUUGCCAAAUCUAAAGAAGAAGUUCAAAAAGCUAAAGAAAAGUAUGAAAUGGCUUUACAAGAAUUAAAUGCGUACAAUCCAAAAUAUAUGGAAGAUAUGACAGUUGUGUUUGAUCGUUGUCAAGAAACAGAAGCUAGACGAUUGCAAUUUUUCAAGGACACCUUGUUUACUAUUCAUAAAUGCCUGAAUAUAUCUCAAGAUCCAGUUUUACCACAAAUUUAUGAAGAAUUUUAUCAUACAAUUAACAAUGCUGAUCAUGAAAAAGAUUUACGAUGGUGGUCAAAUAAUCAUGGAGUAAAUAUGGCUAUGAAUUGGCCCAUGUUUGAGGACUAUAUCGAAGAAUUUAGAGAUAUUUCCAAAGGCAAACUUAAAGAAUCUAUUCCAGCUGGUACAAUUACAUUAAUUAAUCAGCGAUCAGUUGGCGAGGAUUUGCAUGUAAAUGAUUUACAUAUGAAUAAUCCAAAAGUUAACAGUAAAAAAGUGGCAGCUUCUUUACCACGGGCAAAUGGAAAUAAUCAUGAAAAACAAUCUCCAGAUAAAGUUGAUUCUAUUAAGAAUCAUCCAAUGACAAAUGGGGCAUCAAACAGCCAAACACCCGAUUCAAACCCAUUUGAAGAGGAGGAAUGGGAUGAAGAAGAAGGAGUUGGUCCCGAUGGUGCGCUUGUGGACAAUGGUGAACCCGGUGUACCUGUAAGAGCACUUUAUGACUACGAAGGUGCUGAAGCUGAUGAACUAAGUUUUAAACAAGGAGACUUAUUUGAAAAACUAGAAGAUGAAGAUGAACAAGGUUGGUGUAAAGGUCGUAAAGAAGGUCGAGUAGGGUUGUAUCCUGCAAAUUAUGUAGAAACUAUUUCAUAAUGAAAAAAUAUUGAAAGAGUUAUGGUUUACAUUACUAUAAACUACAAUAUAAUUUAAGAACUAUUAUAUGUUAUGAUAUGUUCUUUAACAAAACUGUUGUGAUCCAAAAAAUUUUUUUUUGGAAGAAAGUUUGUUUUGAACUGAUAUUUGUUAUUCAUUAUAAAAGUAAAAUACUGCAUAUUGCAAGUAUAUUAUUAAAAUAUUUUAAGAGACUAUAGGUCAAGUAUUCAAAUUUCAAACAGAUAUGUUAUUUAUUUAUUUAUUUAUUCAAAGGCUCCCUUACCUAAUAAAACAAUGAGAAUUUUAUUUGUAAAUAUAAUAACAAACAUUCUUCUUUUAUUGAUUAUGGUAGAUUAUUUGUUGUUCAAUCUAGUUUUGAAAUAAUAAAA